AUGAGAAUGAAGGUCCCCUCAACGCCUAAGCCAUCCGACAACAUGAAAAAUUCCUCAUCGCCCAGACGAUUGCCACUAUCCAGAAUCAAAAUGGUCAGAACGACAGGCUCCAGACAAUCUGCAGCAAACGUUCCUCUUCUGCCUCCAUGCAACUCUUCUAUCACCGGGCUGCGUGCCCAAAUCCAACAAAACAUCGACUUCCUCUAUCCCAACGAGCAUUGGAUUAUUCUGGUCAAGUGCGAGCGCGAGCACGAUGGCAAUAGAAAAUUUCUGGACUCUGACAACAAUGGAGGUUACGUGCUUGACAAACAAUGGCAACGCAGACUUGCGCAGAGCCAUGACGGGGACGCGGAGCCUCUCGCUUGGAGAGCCGUCAUCUUGAACACUAAGGACAAUUCACGGACCUUUUAUGGCGUUGCCCGAGGAAGCGUGGAACUCGCUUUGUGCAGCGUGUUAGAACUCACUGGCCUUUAUGUUGCUAUUGAGGUUCCAGGAACUGCAGUUGACAACCCAACCAGUAUGAUCAAGAAGGAUGAGCAAGCUGUCUCAGAGGAUGGAGAAGACAUCGAGGUUCCAGGAACUGCAGUUGAUAACCUGACCAGUAUGACGAAGGAGGAUGAGCAAGCUGGCUCAGGGGAUGGAGAACUAGAGUCAACAUUCUUUUGA